UAUAUAGGGCUAAAAAAUGUGCUUGUUAUAAAUGUUUCGCAAAGCUACAAUACUUCAAGAGGGGCAAUACCCAUCUCCAAUGGCCUUUGGAUUUCAAAUGGUCCAUCUCUGGGUCCUUCUUCAUCUUCUAACUGGACCGAUCCUAGCAGGUAGUUCCAAGAUAGGAGUAUGCUAUGGGAUGUUAGGUGAUAACCUUCCAUCACCGAGAGAAGUAAUUUCUAUGUACAAAUCUAACCGCAUCGAACGAAUCAGACUUUACAACCCAAACCAUUCAGCAUUAGAAGCACUUCGUUGUUCCGGUAUCCAAGUUUUACUUGGAGUAAGAAAUGAAGAAAUCCAACAACUUGCAGCCUCUUAUACUGCAGCGAAGAACUGGGUUCAAAGAUUCAUUAGGCCCUACUGGCCUGAUGUACAUUUUCGUUACCUUGCUGUUGGAAAUGAAGUCAUUCCGGGCUCCUACGCCACUUAUGUUCUUCCUGCAAUGCGAAACCUGCAUUAUGCAUUACGAAUCUGGGGUCUUCACCCCCAUAUCAAGGUUUCUACCUCUGUUUCUACUUCGGUCAUGGGAGUGUCCUACCCGCCCUCUGCGGGGAUUUUCGCCGAAGAGACUCUGAAUUAUAUGGUACCUAUUGCACACUACCUAAACAGGACUGGUGCGCCACUUCUUGCUAAUAUAUAUCCAUACUUCGCCUACGUUGAAGACCCUGAUGACAUUCCGCUAGAAUAUGCAUUAUUCACCUCUCAAAAUGUUGUUGUACAGGAUGGUAACUUAAAUUACUAUAACUUGUUUGAUGCCAUUGUUGAUGCCUUACAUGCAUCAUUGGAGCAGGCCGGAGCACCUCAAGUCCCUGUGGUGGUGUCAGAAACCGGCUGGCCCUCCGCCGGGGAUGGAGAUGUGGCAAGCAAUGAAAAUGCAUAUGCAUACAACUCGAACCUAGUGAGGCAUGUUUUAUCCUCCUGUGGAACACCAAAAUGGCCAGGGAAGCCAAUCGAGGCUUACUUGUUUGCCAUGUUUAAUGAGAACAGAAAGCAAGGUGAAGCAGUGGAGCAACAUUGGGGUUUGUUUUAUCCGAACAAGAGGGCUGUUUAUCCCAUAAAUUUCUCGGAUGAAUCUAACUGAUUUACAGUAUUUCCAUUCCUGAUUAAGCUAUAGUUCUUUUCCCAAAAAAUAAAGAAGAAAUGGU